GGCAUAAAAUCCUGAAAGGCGCUAACUUUCCUCCACAGCUUCAAACUCCGUUAUCUCCAACUCCCAAAUUCAAAGUUGUGUUCAUCUGAAAUUACGCUUUUAUUUUGCAGAUUCCAGAACAAGCUGAUGAUAAAGUUGUGUUCUUUUCCCCCUAUUUGUUUCCGGUGAGUAAUUCAUGUAUUGAAUCGGCUUAUAUAUAUAUGAUGACCUCACUGAGAUUUUCAAUCUCUUUGGACACGUUUGAUUCUUCAAACAAGUUCAAUUCUUCUUUUUGCUACGGUCAUGCAUAUGUUAGCAGAGCUUGUGUAGUUAAUGCUCUGAAUUGGGGAAAUCGGAUUAAGGUUUCUGGGUUCCCAUUCGAAUUGUCGGGCACUUCGGAACUGAGUCAGAUGGGUGAGGAAACCAAUUUGAGCUUGGUUGAGGGAAACCCGGAUUUUCGACACGAAAGUGAGAAGGGCUCUGGGGGGCCAAAGAAAGAGAGUAGGAGAGAAAAGGAUUCGAAGUUAAGUUCAAGAAAGAGUAGGUGGGUGAGGGAAUUGGAGAAUUUGUUUGUGAAUGGUGGUGAAUUUGAUGUUGAUUAUUCUGUUAUUAGCUCUCACUUGAGCAUGGAGCAUUGUAACGAUAUUUUGAGACGGCUAGAGAGGUGUAAUGAUGUCAAAGCUCUUAGAUUCUUCGAGUGGAUGAGAAGCAACGGGAAAUUAGAGCGCAAUGUGAGCGCUUUUAAUUCAGUUUUAAGAGUGAUGGGUAGGAGAGAAGAUUGGGAUGCAGCUGAAAAAUUGGUUCAGGAAUUGCUUGCUGGUUUGGGAGGUGAGCUGAAUUAUCAGGUUUUCAACACCCUUAUUUAUGCGUGUUGUAAGUUGGGGCGCGCUGAGUUGGGAGCCAAGUGGUUUCGAAUGAUGCUGGAUCACAGGAUCCAGCCGAACAUUGCAACUUUUGGUAUGCUAAUGGGACUUUACCAGAAGGGUUGGAAUGUUGAGGAGGCGGAGUUUACUUUCUCUCAAAUGAGGAACUGUGGAAUUGUAUGUCAAUCAGCGUACUCUGCGAUGAUCACAAUUUACACCCGCUUGAACUUGUAUGACAAAGCGGAAGAGGUCAUUGGCUUGAUGAGAGAAGAUAGAGUGAGAUUGAAUUUGGAUAAUUGGUUGGUAAUGAUUAAUGCCUAUUGUCAGCAGGGUAAAGUAGACGAUGCUGAAGUAGUACUGGUCUCCAUGCAAGAAGCGGGGUUUUCUCCAAACAUUAUUGCAUACAAUACUUUGAUAACUGGAUAUGGGAAGGCGUCUAAAAUGGAUGCUGCUCAUCACCUAUUUCUGGGCAUAAAGAACGCUGGAUUAGAGCCUGAUGAAACAACUUACCGUUCUAUGAUUGAAGGUUGGGGUCGAGCUGACAAGUAUAAGGAAGCAGAAUGGUACUACAAAGAGCUCAAGCGGUUGGGGUACAAGCCUAAUUCGUCUAACCUGUACACACUAGUAAACUUGCAAGCCAAGCAUGAGGAUGAAGAGGGGGCCAUCAGGACUCUUGACGAUAUGCUGACAAUGGGGUGCCAAUAUUCCUCGAUUCUUGGUACUCUUCUGCAAGCAUACGAGAAGGUAGGAAGGGUAGAUAAAGUGCCUCGCCUUUUGAGAGGUUCUUUCUAUCAACAUAUUCUUGUCAGCCAGACUUCUUGUUCCAUUCUUGUCAUGGCUUAUGUGAAACACUGCUUGGUGGAUGAUACUAUGAAAGUGUUGAGGGAGAAACUGUGGAAGGACCCGCCUUUUGAAGAUAACUUGUAUCAUUUGUUAAUUUGCUCGUGUAAAGAGUUGGGUCGUCUUGAAGAUGCUGUUAAAAUAUACAAGCAAAUGCUGAGACAUUUUAACAAGCCAAACAUGCACAUCAUGUGCACAAUGAUUGACAUCUAUAGCAUCAUGGGCCUAUUCACAGAAGCGGAAAAAACUUACGUGGAGUUAAAAUCUUCUGGAAUCGUAUUGGACCUGAUUGCCUAUAGCAUUGCUGUGAGAAUGUAUGUAAAAGCUGGUUCUCUGGAAGAUGCUUGCUCUGUUCUAGAGGCAAUGGAAGAACAGGAGGGAAUUGUUCCAGACAUUUACAUGUUCCGUGAUAUGCUCCGGAUUUAUCAACGAUGUGGCAGGCUUGAUAAGUUGAAAGACCUGUACUAUAAACUCUUGAAGAGUGGAGUGACUUGGGAUCGGGAAAUGUACAACUGUGUCAUAAACUGCUGUUCUCAUGCUUUGCCAGUCGAUGAGAUCUCAGAGAUCUUUGAUGAGAUGCUUCAAUGUGGUUUUGUUCCUAAUACCAUAACCUUCAAUGUCAUGCUCGAUGUAUACGGGAAAGCAAGGCUUCUGAAGAAAGCUAGGGAGUUGUUCAGGAUGGCCCAAAAGUGGGGUUUGGUUGACAUGAUCUCUUACAAUACUAUUAUAGCUGCUUACGGGCGAAAUAAAGAUUUCAGAAGCAUGUCUUCAACAUUUCAAGAGAUGCAGUUCAAGGGCUUUUCAGUUUCCCUGGAAGCCUACAAUUCCAUGUUGGAUGCUUAUGGGAAGGAAAGCCAAAUGGAAAGAUUUAGAAGCGUUUUGCAGAGAAUGAAGAAAACAAGCUGUGCUUCUGACCAUUACACGUACAACAUUAUGAUCAAUGUCUAUGGAGAGCAAGGAUGGAUUGAUGAAGUUGCUGGUGUGCUGACUGAGUUGAAAGAAUGCGAACUUGGACCUGAUCUGUGCAGCUAUAACACGUUGAUUAAGGCAUACGGAAUUGCAGGAAUGGUCGAAGAUGCUGUCCACUUGGUCAAGGAAAUGAGAGAAAAUGGUAUAGAGCCUGAUAAGAUAACCUAUGUCAAUCUUAUCGCUGCGCUGCAAAGAAACGAUGAAUAUUUGGAGGCUGUAAAAUGGUCCCUGUGGAUGAAGCAGAUGGGGUUGUAAAGUUCACAAUGCUGAUGUAUAUAAUCUACGGCGUUUUUUGAGCCUCUCAACACCUGAUUAAGAUCUUGCUCAUAAAUAAAUAAAAUCUGCUUUCGUUGAUUCGA